AUGUCUAAUGGUUUUGUUUUCAUGCUGUCUUCCCAGGAAUCUCAUGAUCACAUUCUUUCGGAUAUUCCUGUCACUAGAGAGCAGAUGAAUCACUAUCGAGCUGCAGCUGAAACUGCUCAAAGUGAACUUGCAGCACUUUCAGUGAAGUAUGAUUGUGCCCAGUCAGAGCUUCUUGAACUCAGGUCCAGAAUAGUCUCUAAAGAAGCCUCUUUUCAAGAGCUGAAGGCUGAAGCUGAAAGCUACAAAGAGAACAAUGCUAGACAGACGUCUCGCCUCCUGUCUUUGCAAACCCGAGUUCAGGAGAUGGAGGAAGAGGCAUGUGUGCUCGCCACUUCUAAAAACCAGGCUGAGCUGACAGCUCAGGCAGCAUUCAAGGAAAACUGGGAGCUGAAGGAGGAGCUUCGUGAGCAAAAUGCUAAACUUAAUAAAUAUUUGAAUGAGUGUGAAGAAAACGUGACUCAAGCUUCUAAAAUCAGCAGAAAGUAUGAAGAGCUCCUUACACAGCUUUCUGGAUUCUUGGACACAGACAUCACAGAAAAAGAGAAACCACAGGAACAUAUAAUGUCAAAGAUCUCUGAAAUAUGUAAAGAAAAUAUGACACUGAAAGACCAGGUUGCUGCUCUUCAAGAAGCUAUCAAUGUCCAUGAGAUGGAGUCCAAAGCUAGUAGAGAAACUAUCAUGAGGCUUGUUUCAGAAGUGACCAAGGAGCAGAAAAAGGCAGCAGGAUACUAUCAAGACAUGGAAAAACUUAGUGAGGAUCUUGACAGCGCUACAAUAGGAAGACAAAGUUUGGAGAAGGAGAUCAGAAACCUCCAAGAUAAACUGACUGCUACCCAGAAAGCUUUGGACGCCUCAAAUUGGGAACUGCACAAUCUGAAGAAAUCUUCCAGUGAGCUGGAUGGAAGCUUGAAGAGCAGCAGAGAAGAGGCCAGGACUGCUCAGAGCUCUUUAGUGGCUUUUAAAGAACAAAUUGCUACCCUACUCAGUUGUGGAUCUGCAACAGUUAAACCUUCUGAGAAGGCCAUUUUGGAGAGGAUCCAAGAAAUAAAUUGCAAAGAGCAGAGUAAAGAAAUAAUGGUAUCUCAGCUUGAAGCCCAAAUAGCUAAAUUGACUGAAGCUUUGGAAAAUCAGACCAGAUUGUACCAAGAAGUUCUAGAGAGGAGCAGGAAAGCUGAAAAAUGUUCUGAGACUUUCCAGGAUCAACUGAAACACUUGGAAGAGGAAUUACUGUCUGUACAUCUGAUGCAAGAUGGUUUGAAGCUUGAGAAACAAAAAUAUCUGAAAUUUCUGGAGCAACUUAAUGAGAAGAUGAAGCUGGAUAGCCUAGCAGCAGAGGUUGGAUUUGAUAUGAAUGUGGAUGCAAUUCUAGCCCGGGUAGACCAGUUAGUGAAACUGGAAGGUGAUGCAGUGAUUGAAAACAAGACUAUGGCAUAUAGCCUAAGAAGGAAGUUGAAGACUCAGAAAGAGAAACUUGAAAGCAAAGAGCUGCACAUGAACCUUCUGAGGCAGAAAAUAACCCAGCUGGAAGAAGAGAAGCAAGGAAGGACUGCCUUAGCUGUGGAGAGGGACGAGGCCAAUUUUGCUGUCAGAAAGUUACAUAAGAUGAUGGAGAGGCUACAGAAGCAGCUUGAUCUGGCAAGGGAAACAAAUACUGAUCUCAAAGCCAAGCUGUCUGAAACAAAUGAACUUAAGAUCAAAACUUUGGAGCAGAACAGAAUAAUAGAAGAACUCAACAAGUCUCAAUGCAAAUUGGAAAGAAUGAAAGAAAAGGCUGAGAAACAGCUUACCUCUGUGAAAUCAGAACUUCUUUUAAAGGAGCGUAAAGCUGCUGAAGAUAAAGAAAAAAACAAAAAUAUGUUAGAAGCAGUUACCAGUGAGAUGAAGGUGCUUAAAACAACCCUUGCAGAAUUGGCAAAAAGGGAGAGACAGCUGGCAGACUUCCGGGAGGUCGUCUCGCAGAUGCUGGGCCUCAACAUUGCCAGCCUGGCUCUUCCCGACUAUGAAAUCAUUACACGUCUUGAAGGGUUGAUUCACUCUCAUCAGCACCACUACUUCCCCUGUGUCUGCCUCAAGGACGUGGCAAGGGCACCAGAGGAACACUCGCAGAGAAACGUACGGCUUCUUCACUGA